AUGCAGCCUGCUCUCGGAGCCCUCGGCCACACCUGGACUGCCAUGCGAGCCAUGGAGUUCAUCUCUCUGAUCACGAUCAUUGGACUGACUGCCAACUUCAUUGGUGAGAUGGUCAACGCUGAUUAUGCGGCGCCUUCUGCCUUGAUUGGAACACUGGUUGUUGCCUGCAUCUCGACCCUUUACAUUGCCAUUUCUUACAUCCUCUACUGGGAUGGCAUGCUUCCUCUCCUCCUCUCGACUGGUGCCGAUAUCAUGCUUCUCGUUGCAUGCAUCGUGGUCGCAUGCACUGUCGGCAAGCCCGUCAGCUACCUCUCGUGCCCCAAGUUUCCCUCGGACGGCAACACGGCCAACUUUGUCAACUCCCUCUUCCACAACGUAUACCACUCCCGUGGCAACACUUUCGCCUGGGUCGACCCUGAUAAGGCUUCGUGCUACCAGAUCAAGUCCAUCUGGGGCCUUAGCAUUGCCCUCUGCGUGCUGUUUGCCUUCUCCGCCAUCACCUCCGGAUGCCUCUGGAAGCGAACAAAGGGUGCCUCCCGCCCUGCUCCCAAGGAUAUCGAGGGUUGA